AUGGGGCCGCGGACCAAGGGGGGUGAUCCUGAGCUGGGAGAACCGGUCUCUCUUCGACGCAAUGUAUUCUGGAGCUGCUUCAUCAACGAUGUAUCGUAUCCGGUAAUUGACGCUGACAUUGAUUCGGCAGAGCCUUUUUAUCGCUCAACAGCGCUGCUACAUCUCGUUCGACUGAGCGCUAUCGGUAGCCGUAUCAUCAAUUCCGUCUACGGAUUAGACAAAUCCAACCAGACACGAGAGAACGCAACCAAGCUACGAGUUGAACUCGCUGAAUGGUCAGUUCAUAUAUCUACAGUGUUUACCACCCUGAUAUUACUGUAUCGACCUCACUUGAAUUCUAUAGUCAGUCAAGAUCCCUCGGACGCGUCAAGAGAGUUGUGUAAAUCCGCAGCUUUCUCCGUGUUACAUUUAGCCGAGUCUCAAGCCAAAUAUUUUGGGGUUGGAACCGCUACGUUGACCAUGCACCAUAAUCUAUUUAUCGCUGGAACAGUUUUUUUGUUGCUUUCGGUAAAUGCCGACGAUGAUUCAUCGUCACACUCAGCAUCAGGCGAUUAUUCACCGGAGCAAGCCUGCCGACGAUGCAUUUCGUUCCUGAGAGACUUUGGACAGAUAUGGCCGGGGACUCUUUCUACGGCCAGUCGUUUGGAAAUCCUUCUAAACGAAUGGUGUCCCAUCAACAAUGGCAACGCCACUCGUCAAGAGGCAGGCAUCGAUCAAGGCGGAACGAUCAUCUUGGAAAAAGACGCUGAAACUGACUCUACCUUUGAUCCGCCCUUCGGUACCGAGCCAGCAUUCAACGAGGAUAAAGUCUCCUUAUCGACCCAUGGGUCGUUACUCGAUGCGGACAGAUCGCUUGAAUUUCCGCCCUUCUUCCCUGCGUCAAACUGCUCCCCGUUCGAUGCCGACGUUAUGUCUGCGUUCGACAUGUACUCUUUCUAA